ACGCCAUACAAGCCGAAGAUCUGCUGGAGGAAGGCAAUGCGGUGGAAUCCUUGGAAGAAGGUGUUGGUCUCUGCUGUGCAGGAGAAUGCCGAUCUGGCAGAGAAAUUCCUGAUUCCAGGAUUUAGAUAACCGAGCUAAUGUUACCUCCUUUACGUGUUCGUGGAACGUUACGUUUGCUCAUAUCCCAAAUGAGUUCUGCUUCAUCUCAGUGUAGGGGUUAUGCUUCAAAUGGUUUUGUAGGCUGGUAGAAGAAAUCCUUUGGACGACGUACGCUCACAGAUUUCACAGCCGUGACGGUGACAUGUAAGGUGUUUUCUGGAGUUUUAGGUUGAAGUCGCUGAGCUUGUGCUGCUUUGUUGUCUAUCGGAAUUGGUAGUCGCGUGGUGUAGUUGUAGAAUUGGGUUGACUCGGAAAGGAGCGUAGUUUGCGAGGACAUGCUACACUGAGUUGGAGGGGUAUUUUAAAUUUGAGUGAAGUGGCUGGUAGAGAUUCGAGUGUGUCGAAGGGGCAGCUGAAAGAGCUACAUUGAAUUUGUCACGGUGCAAAUCAAUGGGACACGUUAUGCAAAUAUCUGCGGUGGGUCAUUUGUGAAAGAUGCCCUUGUAGAACUAUUGGCGAUUGUGAUAACCUUAAUUUUAGAGGUUCACAGAGAUGGCCGUGAUGGCCUUCUGGUCGUUUUCAACUUUGGGAGCGCUCUCUUGUCUACCGGAUCCCGCUGCAACACCAAGAUGGCAGAGUUGUAAAAUUUCAUACUAUGCGACGUUGAGGAGCGCUCACUGCCCGAGGUUCCUCACAAAGCUUUCUCUGAAGAAUAUUCAGUAUACCAGACCAAAUCGGAGGCUGUCCAUCGCAGCGGCAGCAGAAGUACCUGAUUUCCUGCCUACAACUUGGGAGAAGCCCAACAAACCGAUUGGUCCUACUUUUGAUUUGUCAGCUGAGCAGGUUACGCUUUUACAACUAGAAGCACUCCAAGAUAAUGACAUCCCCUAUGCAGAUCACGGUAUAGAAAUAAUGUACAGGUUUGCAGGUUUCGACCCAUUCAAACGUUCCGAGUAUUUUGGUCCGACUUUUGAUUUAGGCCAGUUCGAAAGAUUCAGACGCAUUUUCCACCACACCUCAUUUCGUGUUCUAUUGAAUCAUACCGAUCGUCGCAUCUUAAGCAGCUUGUUCGUCAAUGAGCAUUGCUUCAAGCAAAGGGUAUGCAUCGUUGGAGCUCGACCAGGGGAAGAAGAGAUUUAUGAGUUUACCCUUGCACAGAGAAUCGGAGGAAACUGGGAUGGCUACUGGCUCACUCAGAGCCUUCGACAUGACGGCGAAGGCGCAAGCGGAGGCAUCGCGUAUUGAUUCGUCAAUGAUUUUAUCCGUCUACUGCUUAGCUAGAGAAGGGUUAUGAGUCUUAUGACAUCAACAAUGCAGCUCUCGAUUCACCACCAAACCAAAUGUGUAGCCGACAUACAUUGUUUGGCAUCUCCUGAGAAUACGUUCAAUGUUUUGAGAUCGUGUAGUAACUGUAAAUUCACCACUUGUAAAAACAAUUGCACAGAACGUGUUCUGGCAUAUGCAUUGAUCAUGUUUAUUUCCUGAAUACCUUCACAAUGUUAAAUCAUUUUUUGUCCA